AUGGAUCACCAUUUUGCCCGGAGUUGGCUGAAGUCGCUGUCGGCGAAGCUAGAGAGCUUAACCGAAUGGUCCUGGGUCGGCGAACGACAGGGCACCACUCAGACGCAUCGACAACUCUUCCGGGAGUUUUUCUCCACUCCCUUUCAGAAGACACUGGCCUUGGUCGAUGAGCAGAAGAAGGAGGAGUUUGUCCAAGGGAUCGAGAAGAACCUGUACAAGUUCGAUCGGAAGACGCAGCAGUUCCCAUUGGGCUGUUUGUGCGCCCUGCUGCAGCAUGGAAAGGACUCUCCUACCACCCAGGAGAGGGUGAAGGCCUGGACGGACUGCAUUUUAGACCGCCUCGUGGGCAUCACCGCCACCGGUGGAAGAGCUGUUGCCAUCGAGGUGGCGGAGGAGUGCCUCUCCGUGCCUUUCCAGCGGCUGAUCCCGCUGAUGAGCGAGGACAUGCGCGAGCGCCUGGCAGAUUGCCUGGGUGAGCAUGCGCUCCUCCACAUGGACGAGGCCCAGCAGAAGAACUUGCUGGAGGGCCUGGGCGCGGAAGCGAAGUGCCCCGUGCUCAUAGAGCGGAUCGAGGCGCUGAUGGCGACUUGCACCAAGGAGCUCAAUACCUGGCUUGCUCAAGCACCCCGCUUUCCGUUCACGCCGCUGGCGCUGGCGGAUGCUCUGGCGCGGGCUGAGCACCCACUGCUGCGUUUCUUCACCUUCGCACGCCAGCCGAGCCAGAAGGAGGCCUUCCUGAUGGCGGUGGCGCUGUGUUUGCAGAGCUUGCGGACGCGUCUCAGGUGGAUGGGGUCAGCAGAGCCCGUGUUAGAAAGACUCAGUCACGAUCUGCAGCAGCGCUUGUUCUUCGUGAAGAACCAGGGCGCCGUCAUGGAGAUCUGGCUUGCCUCGCGCCUGAAGAAGUACAACGAGGAGGCCGCCGGCCGCGUGGCCUCGAUCCUCGCCCAGCCCGGAGUGCCGAAACUUCUUCCUCUGAAGACAAAGCUGCUUCCUCUGCUGCCGCCGCUCCCACAGUCAGAUGAUCAGCCAGGUGAUUGGGUGGAGCUUGAUGGACCCUCGCCGCUGGCUGAUGCCGUCGCGGAGUGGCUGGGGGAGGAUGCAGCGAACUUCAAGCCUCCUCAGCACACGCUGUCUUUCGACACGCUGCGACACCUGCUCUUGAGGGCCGGUCGCUGGAUCGAGGUCGACCGUGAGCAGCCCCGGAUCCGGCUAGCGCCGGCAGCCGUGGCGGCACCCUCACUUCAGAUGCUCACGCAGAAGCCUGCGCCACUUCCACCGCCGCCUCUGCCACCUCCUGCGCUUCCCUCGCCAACCAGCGAUGGCGAGAGUCAGAGAUCGCCUGGCCCGUCCCCUGUGGAUGAGUCAGGCGAGGUCGACAAUCUGAUCGACUUGCUGAUGAACGAAGCGCUGGCGCCGGUGAACCCUGAGAUGCGGAACUUGGUGCAGAAAGUGAGCCAUGGAGUCUACCGCAUCAGCGGGAAGGAGGUCACACUUCAUACUGUAAGCGGUGCUCUCUACGUUUACCGCAUCGGCGACUCGAUCAAGUACACGCCCAUUAAGUCGCUCCUGAUAGAGGAGGGCCUGGUUCCCUCGGAGGAAGUCGCAGGGAGCAGGCAGGGCUCCGCCCCGCCGGUGGACACGUCCUCUGUGGCCCGCGUCGCGCAAAUCUCGCAGCAGACGGCGUCUUUGGGCGCAAAGAUUGCAGCUCCAGGCGCGCAGAAGGGACUUCUUCCGUUUGGCCUUGGUCGUCCGGUGACCCCUUUGGUGAUCAGCGUGCCCAAAGCAGAUCCCCAGGCCUUGAUCUCCAAGCGAGUGGAGGCCGCCACUCGCGCGGCGGACGUUGCGAAGCAGGUGCUUCGAAGGCAGAUCGACUUUGAGGACGAGGCGAAGAUCCGAAAGUUGCUCAUCAAGGGCCUAAAGCACGAGCCGGACUGGGCCGUGGCGUUCCAGGACUUCUGCAACCGGCGGCGCGUGGCCCCUGAAGCGGCCGUGGUGAACGCCCCACGGGAGUUCAUCACCACUUUCGUCCAGGAGAACUUGCCGAACUCCAUCAACACGGAGUGGGCGCAGAAAGUCAUCCAUGGCAAGGACAAGAAAGAGAAGAAGGACAAAGACAAAGACAAGUCCAAGAAGGACAAGAAGGAGAAGAAGAAGGAGAAGCAGGCGAAGCGAGAGGCCGAGGCACAGGAAGCUGGUGCGGCGCAAACUCGACAGCGGACCUGA